AUCAUCAAAUGACAUCUUUAACCAGUUUUAGGCUUAGCAGCUUUGAUAUUAAAGAAAAUAUGUGCCACUUCUAAAUGUCGUCUUCACUGAAUUUUCCUAUUCUUUUCCCUUAAUCAAUAGUGAUUGUAGCCUCUUUUUUGUUUUUUUUUUUUCUUUUGUCCCUCUUAAUCCAUUAAAUUAACAAGCCAGUAGUAUUGAUUGCGACGAAAAAUAAAAUGCUUGACAAGUGGAUGAAAGAAGGAAAAAAAUAUUGAAAUAGCCUUGAGUGGGGUAAGUUCGUAACUCCAAACGUCGAAGUGGGUGUGCAUUUGCACACUUUCUGUAGGUCUCAGUAACUCGAUUAAUAAAAGCAGAGCAAAGCAAAACCCCAAAAGAUAAACCCGCAUAAAUAAUACCUCCCUUUCGAAAACAAAAAUCCUCCAUCGCCCCGCUCCUUCUCCCCCCAAGACCGUUCUCCUCCUCCACCACCUCCCCGGUGGUGCUCUCUCCUAGCUCUUAUCAUCCACCACUACCAACGUCAACUAAAACCCCCCAAAUGGCGGCAGUCGCUGCAGCAAGUGUUUUCUCCGACGCAGCAACUAGUACUUCUUCUGACGGCCCCGUCCUUAGCCUCAUCAACAAACGCCUCCGUGCCCUACGCAAGAAAUACAACCGUAUCCUACUUAUGGAAGAAUCCGUCUCCCAAGGCAAACCCUUAAACAAAGAACAAGAAGAAGUCCUCCGUUCCAAGCCUGCUGUCUCUGCCCUUAUCGAUGAACUCGAGAAGCUACGCCAGCCUCUCUCUUUAGCCGUCUCCGAAGAAAUCUCACUAGCAUUACAGCGUCAAACCAUUUCACGGGAAGAAACAACCUCAGAAGCCCAACGAGACAAGACUGAAGUCCAAGAACAACAGCCCAAUGACCCAGAUCAUGCUGUUGAGGAUCUACUCAAUCUGCUCUAUUUUGGGUCCUUGUUCGAUGUCAAGUCUCAAAAUGGUUUCACUUCGGCCAUGUUGACUGGGACUCAUGAGAGGAGUUGUUGCUUGACUUACGAUUACGUGACCGAUGACGCUACCGAUCUGCUUAGCGAGAAAGAUUUGGAUUUGAUUUCGAUGCUGAGUGGACUGUUGACUUCACGACCUGCUGAUUCCAGUUUGUCUCACAAGAACGCUUUACACCGCUGCAUCCACCAUGCUAAGCUUUGGCUUUCUAACUCUGACGAGCCCAUUGACCCCAAUGUCGACGUUUCCUAUUCUGGGUUGAGAGAGAGGCUUAACAAGAUUAUGGCUUUGGAUUAUUUUACAACCUCUCCGGAGAUGAAGGCUCCCGUUGAAGUGGCGGCUGCUGCUGCUGCUGCUGCUGGGACUUAUACCUCUUUUCAGGUUACAGUGCACGGUGUGCCCAUUUCUAUUCCUGUUCAGGUGGAAGAUUCAGUCGGGCAGUACCGGCAGAAGGAAGAAGAGUCAUCAAAUUAUCAAGAACCAGAGACUGGUGACAAUCAAUUUAGUGCCACAGAGGAAUUUCACAAGGAGACUUGUGGUCUGCAGGAUGAGCUGGAGAUAGACAAUCAAGUGGAGGAUAUUACAAUUCAACAAGAACAUGGCAAACUACAGGAAGAUUUGGAGCAUAAUCAGAAAGAUAUAGAACCCAAUGAGCAACAGUAUGUUCCACGAAGGCCCUAUCAGAACCAAAGAGGUGGUCGUGGUACUGGGGGUGGCUCUAGGGGUUACUCCAAUGGUCGUGGAGGUCGAGGCAGUGGAAGGGGAGGCGGAGCCUACCAGAAUGGUCGUAGCCAGUAUUAUGAUCAGCCUGGCAACUAUUAUUCUAGGAACUACUACAACAGGGGAAGAGGUAGCAGAGGCAGUGGCCAUGCUUACAACAAUCAUGGCUCAGCAGUUAAGGGUGGUAAUGCCUCAGCUGAUGUUGGUGUGGCCUCAUGACAGCUUUGCUUGGUGUCUACACGGUCUCUUUUUAGAGGUGGGUGGUGAAAAUGUACUUUUAAGCUCUGCAUGAAAAAUGAUUAGAAUGUGGGUUGAUGUUGAUAUCGUACCAUCCAGGGCACCCAAUUUAACUUUUUUUUUUUUUUUUUGUAGUUCAGUUAAUUAAGGACUUUUAUUGGAAUCAUUGAAAAACAGAGUCUGUAUUUUGGUUUAACAUGCAAUUUUUGUGGCCAUAUACGCGAUCCAUCGACCAUGGUUGGUUGAUUUAAUCAAAAGUGGCUAUCGUGUUUAAUUAUCGUCUAUCUUGUCAUGGUGGGUGCUAAUCUAUCUCAUUUUACCGAUAUUUCGUGAGGAAUCUUGGGAUUAUGAAAUCAGAUGCUUCCUCCCUGGAUUCGUCAAUUAAUCAGUUGGAUGCCGCCGUGGCUCUAUGUUUGUAAUGUCAUUUUCCAAUGCUCAUGCCCAGUUAAUAUUCCGCUGAUGUAACAUGUUUCCAGCUAAAAGCCAUUACGUUAGAACAAAAGUGAAAAUGC